AUGCCCCUCACCGACGUUGCUUCUUUUGUGCAACACCUCCAGUCAUCCACACGCAUUGUUGCUCUCUUGGGGGCUGGUCUAUCCGCCUCCAGCGGUCUGCCUACGUUCCGCGGUGCAGGAGGACUAUGGCGCACCUUCGAUGCCACCAUGCUAGCCACCCCGGAAGCGUUUCAGCAAGAUCCUGGUUUAUCAUGGCAGUUUUAUUCUUACCGUCGUCACAUGGCCCUCAAUGCCAAACCAAACAGAGCCCACCUUGCGUUGGCAGAGUUGGCCCGUCGCAAUCCCAACUUCAUCACCCUCAGCCAGAACGUGGACGGUCUCAGCCCUCGCGCUGGCCAUCCUGCUAGCCAACUCAAACUCAUCCAUGGCAAUCUGUUUGAUGUCAAAUGCUGGGACGAAGAUGGCUGUGGUUAUUUUCGCAAAAAUGACUUUACAGACCCCAUCGUCCCGGCUCUGGCCCUGCCACCAGAAGCCCAAGAUGAACAGCUAAAGGCAGCCAUCAACCAAAAGAAGCAUGCUCUCGUUCGAGGUGCUGACAUCUCGAAUGUUGAUGUGGAUAUUCCCGCGCUCAAGCGUGAAGAUCUUCCGCAAUGCCCGUCGUGCAAGAAGAAUCUACUUCGCCCAGGGGUGGUUUGGUUCGGCGAGUCACUUCCCGAAGACGUGAUGCGCGAUGUAAACGAAUACUUUCAACAGCCUGGGAAGAUUGACCUCAUGCUAGUGAUUGGAACCAGUGCAAAAGUAUACCCAGCUGCCGGCUACACAAACAUUGCCAGAGCCAAGGGUGCUCGAGUUGCGGUCAUCAACAUGGACCGCAGCGACGCACAAGAGCUCACAAAGCAUGAUUGGUUCUUCGAGGGAGACGCAGCCGUCAUUGUACCCGAGAUAUUGAAGAGCGUGAUUGGAGAGGUUGGGGAGUUUGAGGAAACGAAGGGACCAGUGUUAUGA